AUGGACUUCUGCGGCUGUGUGCAGUAUGGAGAUGUGGGCUGGUGUGAAAGGCCCUAAUUAUGGAAGAUGUGCUGGAGAGGGAGAGAGGCUUGGAUAACCCUGAGGAUUCAACAGUUGCUGCUAAAGCACAAAUACUGGAUAAACGAGUACACCUCCACCUUGGGGAUUGGUGUCUUCCACUCUGGCAUCGAGAUCUACGGCAGAGAGUUUGCCUAUGGAGGGCAUCCCUACCCUUUCAGUGGGAUUUUCGAGAUCACACCUGGCAGUGCGGUAGAACUUGGAGAGACCUUUAAAUUCAAAGAAUCCAUUGCCUUGGGCACUACAGACUUCACAGAAGAGGACGUGGAUAAGAUUAUGGAAGAGCUGGGCAAGGAAUACAAAGGAAAUGCAUACCACUUGAUGCACAAGAACUGUAAUCACUUUUCUUCCGCUCUGGCUGAGAUAUUAUGUGGGAAAGAGAUCCCCCGCUGGGUGAACCGCCUGGCCUACUUCAGUUCAUGCAUCCCCUUCCUCCAGAGCUGCCUCCCCAAGGAAUGGCUGACCCCAGCAGCCCUGCAGAGCCACAUCAGCCUUGGCCUCCACAAGGAGGAACAAGGGGACACAACAGAUGAGGAGUCCCCUUCCACCUCUGCAGCCCCCUCAGCCUCAGGCACAUCGCGAACCUGUAGACAUACACGGGUCUAA